AUGGUUGGAGAAAGAUGUGCUACGUCUCGGUACCCUAGCAGUGCCUUCCAGGUGGUGUCAGUACCGUAUCAAUGCUUUACAGGUGGUGUCAGUACCCUAGCAGUGCCUUCCAGGUGGUGUCAGUACCGUAUCAGUCCUUUACAGGUGGUGCCAGUGUCGUGGCAGUGUCGUAUCUGUGUCUACUUGUAG